UCGUCAUCUCGCCUUGGUCGCUUGUUCUCUCCGCUACACAUCCUGCACCUCGUGUCAGCUCAAUCGCUCCGCUCAAUCCGGGGUGAAUCCGCCCACUUGCCUCUGACCCAUUCCAUCCAUCCGCGACUUGCUUCAUUGUCCGGAAUCCAUACCCGCACGCAAGGUACUACUAGGCAGCGCGCAACUUCCCCGCGAUCCCCACCACCAGCACCAGUCACGACUCACCACCACCACUUUACCACACGAGACAUACACCCAGCACACCACCAACACACACAACAUAACCCACCACCAAGACCUCCGCCCCAGCGCACGCACCCAUCCCCAAAAUGCAAGCCGUUCCCGAAUCCCGCCAACAAACCUUCGAGGAAAUCUACGGUCCUCCGGAGAACUUUCUCGAAAUAGAAGUCCGAAACCCUCAAACCCACGGCACAUCGCGAAACAUGUACACCUCGUACGAACUUGUCUGCCGGACCAACAUCCCCGCCUUCAAACUCAAACACAGUGUUGUUCGGCGUCGAUACUCGGAUUUCGAGUACUUCCGGGAUAUAUUGGAGCGGGAAUCGACGAGGGUGACGAUUCCGCCGUUGCCAGGGAAGGUGUUUACGAAUCGUUUCAGUGAUGAUGUGAUUGAGCAUCGACGGGAGGGGUUGCAGAGGUUCUUGCAGAUUGUGGCGGGUCAUCCGUUGUUGCAGACGGGGAGUAAGGUGUUGGCGAGUUUUAUACAGGAUCCGAAUUGGGAUAGGAAUGCUUGGUAGAGGGGUG